UGUAGGCGCCGCGCGGCCGGCUCGUUGCGGAUCACAGGGAGGAAGACGCCAGGGCACGCCUUCCCUCCAGUGCCGCCGCCGCCGCCGCUAUGAUUCCGGUGUCGCUGGUGGUGGUGGUGGUGGGCGGCUGGACUGCCGUCUACCUGACCGACUUGGUACUGAAGUCAUCUGUCUAUUUUAAGCAUUCUUAUGAAGACUGGCUGGAAAACAAUGGAUUGAGCAUCUCCCCUUUUCACAUAAGAUGGCAAACUGCUGUUUUCAAUCGUACCUUUUACAGUUGGGGACGGCGGAAAGCAAGGCUGCUUUACCAAUGGUUCAAUUUUGGAAUGGUGUUUGGAGUAAUUGCCAUGUUUAGCUCUUUUUUCCUCCUUGGAAAAACAUUGAUGCAGACUUUGGCACAAAUGAUGGCCGACUCUUCUUCAUCUUAUUCUUCCUCCUCCUCCUCUUCUUCCUCCUCCUCUUCCUCUUCCUCCUCCUCUUCCUCUUCUUCCUCUUCCUCCUCCUCCUCAAUUCACAACGAACAGGUGCUGCAAGUUGUGGUUCCUGGUAUAAAUUUACCUGUCAACCAACUGACCUAUUUCUUCGCUGCAGUCCUCAUUAGUGGUGUUGUACAUGAAAUUGGACAUGGGAUAGCAGCUAUUAGGGAACAAGUUCGAUUUAAUGGCUUUGGGAUUUUUCUCUUCAUUAUUUAUCCUGGAGCAUUUGUUGAUCUGUUCACCACUCAUUUGCAACUUAUAUCACCAGUCCAGCAGCUGAGGAUAUUUUGUGCAGGUAUCUGGCAUAAUUUUGUCCUCGCACUCUUGGGUAUUUUAGCCCUUGUUCUCCUCCCAGUAAUUCUCUUGCCAUUUUACUACACUGGAGUCGGAGUGCUUAUCACUGAAGUCGCUGAGGACUCACCUGCCAUUGGACCCAGAGGCCUUUUUGUGGGAGACCUUGUCACCCAUCUACAGGAUUGUCCUGUUACCAAUGUGCAAGAUUGGAAUGAAUGUCUAGAUACCAUCGCAUAUGAGCCUCAGAUUGGUUACUGUAUAAGUGCAGCAACUUUACAGCAGUUAAGCUUCCCAGUUAGAGCAUACAAACGGCUAGAUGGUUCGAUGGAAUGUUGUAACAAUCACAGCCUCACGGAUGUGUGCUUUGCCUACAGGAAUAAUUUUAAUAAACGUUUGCAUACUUGUCUACCUGCCCGGAAAGCAGUUGAAGCCACUCAAGUUUGUAGAACCAAUAAAGAUUGUAAAAAAGGCUCAAGUUCAAGUUUCUGUAUAAUACCUUCUUUGGAAACUCACACUCGCUUAAUUAAAGUAAAGCACCCGCCUCAAAUUGAUAUGUUGUACGUAGGACAUCCACUGCACCUCCACUACACAGUGAGCAUCACCAGUUUUAUCCCACGUUUCAACUUUCUAAGCAUAGAUCUGCCUGUGGUUGUGGAGACGUUUGUCAAGUACUUAAUUUCACUCUCCGGAGCUUUGGCUAUUGUUAAUGCAGUACCCUGCUUCGCUUUGGAUGGACAGUGGAUUUUAAACUCUUUCCUGGACGCCACCCUAACCUCAGUGAUUGGAGACAAUGAUGUCAAAGAUCUGAUAGGAUUUUUCAUCUUGCUUGGGGGCAGUGUGCUUUUGGCUGCCAAUGUGACCCUGGGACUCUGGAUGGUUACAGCACGGUAAUAUUUGCACUCUUCCAACAGAAUCUCUGAGUUACAGUAUACAGCUAUGUGAUAAUAUCCCUUGCAUUCAAAACCUGACUUGGUGUGAAAUAUAAAGUGCUUCCUUAAAAUGACAUCUUAGCCAACAACUUUGAGCUCCUCCUAUCUCCAGAGCAUGCAAACUUUGGGGUGGGGGACAAACAAAAAAAAAUGGAAAGCAUAGUACCUGACAACAUUCUAGUUUUAAAGUCUAAGCACACACACUUCGGAUGCUAUGGAACAAUUUUUAAACAACUGAAAAUUCCUGUAAUACCGUUUCAUGUGACUACAUAAUGUGUUGAAAUAGAGUAAAGCAGAAUAAAAUCGGGUGGAAUUAAUCAGGAAAAACAUCUUGAAAAAGCAUCAUUAAUCAGAUUUGAAGGAGACCAGACUUUGGCCAAGUGGAAGAGUAAGUGUUUUCUAGGCCUGUAUCUCUUGUCCUGUUUGAAAAGUGUUUUAAAAUUUAUCAGUGUAUUAUUUUGUACUCUGAAAACUGAGGCCUGACUACACUUAAAUUAAUAAAGUUCUAUUAAAGAAUCUGCUGAUGUGAAAGGGAAAAUCUUUGUAAAAUGAUGCCAAGUAAACAAAUAGGAAGUAGGACCUAUGAUACCGUGAGACAUGUUUUGCCACAUAAGAGUUGCCUCCUUGUGUCUCUGUACCUUCAUAAUGUCACUAGCCUUGACAUUCAGCGUGAGCUGCGAGCAUGUGUCUGACGCCUGCAGCAUGUGAGGUGAGGCAGUCAGAGCUGAGCAGCAGUACUGAGCCAGGGCUUCUGACAGAUCACAAGUGUGACUCUUCAGCAGUCCUGGUUACCAAUCUCUGUAGGCCUUCGAAGCUUGGAACCCUUCCAGGGUAUAUUGUAGCUGUUUUCUCUUGUGCUGCUGAGACCAUAUGGGGCCUAGCUCUUGGGUUCCUGUCUUCAAGAAGCAACCACGUUAAGCCCUGAGCCCUGUUCUGUCCUCACCAGCUGCUCCCGUGUUUCACUGUGUCAGGUGAUUAAUCACGUAGCUCUUGUUUUCCAUCUUUCCCCUAAGAUUUCAGUGUGAGUCCACUGAAGACUUUGUAGUACAAUGAGAAUGGCUACAAACGAGUACAAACAUGGGUUUGCCAGAACUUGGGAACGGACUCUUGAGCCCGAAAGGGUGAUGCCUGGUUCAAGGUCUUUUGGACUGGAGAUACAGCCAUGGGAAAUUGGGAAGUUAACACGCCAGUAUGGAGAUAUUGAUCUUAGAAGUGUAUGAGCAUACCACUUCUUUGGUGAAAAACACGUGCUUCUCUCAUAUACUCAAGAAGCAAUGAAAGGCAACAACUCAUUUCACAACCACGUGUCCACAUUUUUCACUAAGUGAGCUAUUCUAUGGUGUUACCUUUUUCAGAUCAUUGAGUUGCUGUUUGAGCACUAGAAUUUUUAGUCAUUUUUAAGAAACUUUAAAUUUUAUUACAAAUUUGCCUCCCUUCUGAAACAAGUUAUAUAAUGAAUAUAAUUUUAAUGUUUUAUUAAUGACUCGGGGUCAUCAGUUAAUACCAGUACUAAAACCAGAAAAAUGACCCCAGGAGGAAAAUUUGGCAUUUGUUCUAUUCUUAGGAGAACAGUCAUUUGGGAUCAACGUUUAUUAGAUCGUAAUGCUCAGAUUUGUGCAGAUAGUAGAGUUUGAGAAGUACCAUGAAAUAUAGGUGCAGGUCCAUUUUUUUAAGAACUGAGAAAAUUGAAUAGAGGAAAUCCUAUCCAUUAACUUCUUUUUCUGAGUUAGAAAACAAAACAAAACUUUUUUUGUUUUAGCUGUUGAACUCCUUGGUUUAUUGAACCAUAGAAUCAGGGUUUGGGAACCACUUUACUAGGAAAUUGAGCAGAUCAGUACCAUUUUGUAUAGAAAUAGCCUCAUUAGAUAAGAAAGGAAAUGUUACAUGUUUGUCUCUUCAGCUGGAUUGUAGGCACUUCUAGAGCAAGGACCAUGUCAUAUUCAUCUUUGCAUGCCUCACACAGUGCAUGAGACAUCCUAAGUGCUUAAUAAAUGUGGUUGAAUGGAUGGUGAUUAGUGUUAUUUAUGGAGUAGAAAAGCAUGUUUCUAUUUAAGUAAGCUGUAAAAAGUAUUAUUAAGUAUUUACUGUAAAUAUGUGUUAACAUGAAAAAACAACUUGGAAGGUCUUUGUGUCCCUAGUGUAGUAUCAUCUUUAUGGACAUAAUCCAUUUUUGUUUCUGUGGAAUGAUUAGAAAAAUUAAUUCUUUUAAGGAUUUGAAGAAAGUGUUCUUUCUGUGUUGUCACUUUAACGGUAAAAUUUUAUUCUCAGUGUUCCUACUCUGCACUGUUUACAUUUUUUAGGGAUUUUUUUUUAAAUCACCUGUAAUCUGUAAAGAAUACAUAUAUAUAUUCUUUUCAACAUCUCAGUUUGAAAAGACAUACAGUUAAACUUGACCUUUUAAUAAUUGUUCUUACAGGUCACUGUCUGUUGUGACAGUAAAUUGUAAAUGUAUGCUUCAUGGCUAUGUGGCUCUCAGUCACCAUUUUGUCCUAUGGUAUUUAUUGAAUGUCCACAUACUAAUGGUGCACAAGUAUUUUUAUUCUAGAAAUCUUUUGACGUGCUGUAAUUCAUUCUUAAGCUUUAGCUUGAAGAUCACAUAAUUGCUGACAUUUGAUGUUUAGCAAUAAAAGAAUAAAUGUACCAGCAUUUAAUGUUUUCUCAUCAUCUAUGUGUUGUCUUUUUUUUAAUUUGUACUCUCUUCUAUCAAAAUUGUUCCUUUUACAUAGAGUAAGAUCCUAGUUGUUUUUAAAAUUAUUGAUUCUAAAAACAGCCUUCAAUUUUCAUUCAAGUCAUCUGUACACAAAAGUGUUACAAUCCAAGAAGAGAAGCCUUUUUAAAAUAAGGUUCCUGUGUUCUUGCUAUGAUUUUGGAAAUGGUCUGUUAAUAGAUGAAGGAAGGGGACUAUCAUGUUUCGUUUCAUUAGUGUUUGACAGAAGUCUUCUGUAAGUUACUCCAUGUUCUAGAAAUUCUCGAAAGAGCUUUAACUAUGACAUUUGGUUCUUCUUGACCUUCUGCCCUAGCACUUCCUCCCUUGUCCCUAGUGCCUCCCACCCCUAUACACAUACAGAUGCACACGCAGGCACUUGCGCACACACUCCCACAUUUUCUCAGUUACUAAGGGACAGAUAAAAUAGGCGGGGAGUUUAGCCCAGUUCCUGAUUCGUUAGUCUGUUAUUGCACUCCUCUCCUCUGAUCCCAUUACUCUAUAGUUAAGAGCCACAACACUAGAUAACUGAUUAUCUAAACCGUUUUUGUCUGUUUUAUUUUAGCAGCUUUGUUGAAAUGUAAUUUAUAUACCAUAAAGUUCACUCAUUUAAAGUGUACGGUUCAUUAUAAACAAUUUUUCUUGUGUGUCUAAUCAAACAUUAGUAUACGUAUGUUUUAGUAAAACCCAACCUUUUAAGUAAGUGAACGUGUGUUAAAAGACUAGAAAGAAAAAGAUGUAUUUUCAGUUAUUUCAAAACUCAUUUCAUUCUGGAGUGAUUUUCAGCACUAGAAUAGAGUUGAAUAACAAAUUUAUUUUUAAGGUAAAGCAUGUGUGGAUGUACGUUCUUUGAGACAAUAAGCCUAUUUAAUCAGUGCUUUACAAUAUUUUAAUUUUGAAGCUAUUCUUGCUGUUUAGGCCAUACUAAUUUGAACAAUCCAUUGUCUAUUUUAUCAGACCAUGGCAAAUGAAUUCAAUGAAAGGAAAACCUGUAUUUCAGAAUUUACUAAUGCUACAGUAGGUUAUACUCAGGGUGGAAGUAGAGAAAAAUGAUUAAAGGAAGUUGCAAUUCUAGUUCCAAGCACUAUAUUGUGUAAUUUAUUUUCCCAUUAAAGAGAGAAAAAAUCCUUACUUUUUAGUUUUCUUUAUCUAAAAAUUGGUGGGUAUUCAAUGAUUGUUCCUUUUUAUUAACUAAAUGAUUUUCAAACUUUUCUAUCUUGAUACCGCCGAAUCAGACAGUAGAAAACUAUCUACUCUGUACACCCUUUGGGAUAUUUUAUUUCAGAAUAAGUUCUUUUUUACACCUUUGUUUUAAUUUGCAUUUCUUUGGUUAGAAAUGAGGCUAAGCUUUUUUAUUUAAUGUAUAUUCUUUUGUAAAUUGUUUAUCCACAUCCUUUGCCCAUAUUUCCCUGGGGUGAUCCCUGCCUUUCAUACUUUGUUCCUAGCAUCCUUUUUUUACCUUUCAACCACUUUGUGUCCAUCCUUUAAUGGCUUCUAAUUUUCUUUCUAGGCUUUAUGUAUUACCAGAAAUCUACAGUGGGAGGUAGCACUUCGCAGUUUACACUUCUCCAGUUCAGGGCACCUCCUUUUUCUUUUCGAAAUACCUAGGAAAAAAGGUUGGUAAUCAGACGUUUGCUUUGGUAGUAUAGAAUUGGAACAUAAAGAGAUAGAUAGUAUAAAAUUUUCAGCCUUUAUAGAAAAUGAUUUAUUUCUUACUAGAAAAGAAAUACAUGCUCAUUAUAGAAAGCAUGUUAAAUGAAAUUGAAUUACGAUUUGCUGGGAAAAAAAAAGAUUACAUUAUACUGAUAGGCUGCUUUUUAAACGUGAGAAUGUAUUUCAAAAAUUUUUUCAUGUUAUUAAUUCUCUUCUAGCGUUAUUAUUCGCUGUCCAGGAGCCCUGGUGGCGCAGUGGUUAAGAGCUCGGCUGCUAAUCAAAAGCAGUUUGAAUCCACCAGCCAUUCCUUGGAAACCCUAUGGGGCAGUUCUACUCUGCCCUAUAGGGUCACUAUGAGUCCAAAUCGAUGGCAACGAGUUUUUUUGUUGUUUUGGGGUUAGUGUUAUUUUAAUAACUACAUAAUAUUACAUUGUUAAAUAUGCUAUAAUUUAAUCAACCUGUUAUUUUCAGUUUUGCAAUAUUAGAAACAGAGUUAUGAGGAAUAUAUAACUAAAUCUUUUUGCACAUUCAUGAUUUUUUUGAUAAUUCUAGAAACAGGAAAAUCCUAGAAGAAAAAUUGCUAACUUAAAAUAUGUACAUUUACAUAUACAUAUUGCCUGUAGCAUUUAAAUUUUUUUGUUGGUUGGGUAGGCAAAAAUGCCAUCUUCUUUUAAUUUGUAGCUCUUUGAUUAGAAAAGAGGUUGGACAUUUUAAAAUGUGUUUAUUGGCCAUUUUGUUCUUUUUGUUUAUCUACAUCCGUUGUUCAUUUUUUAUGGGAAUGAUUAUCGUCUUCUUACUGCAUUUCAUCAUAAGCUCAGCUGUACCAUUUGAUAUAUGUGAAUAUAUUAAAACUUCAUUUUAAGUAUAAUACUUGUUUUUAUGUUUGCCAUAUGUUUUCCACCUUUGGUGAUAUACUUUGAAAGUCUUCCUCACCCCAAGAUUUUUAAAUAUAAUAAGUGAAAUUAUCUCUUAUUUGAUGUAAUAUUUCUUAUUUAUAUAGGAGACAACUCUAUUAUACUUUUUCAGUUCAGUAAUACAAUGAAGUGAGUAUAUAUCUCCUGUUUUAAUUGAAUGGAGUGCUUAAACAAUUUUUUUUCCUUAAGGUAUUUGUAUUUUUAUUGAACUAGUGUUUCUCAUUUAUAAACAAUACAGACUAGCAAUCU